GCAUAGAAUUUAUUACCCAAUUUAGGUCUCCUUGGUAAGCAAAGGAGUACUUGAUAUAAUUUGCAAGCAUAGUCUAGCAAAAUAUUAUUGCCUAUUGAUUUCCUCUUUGUCUGUUCAUGUUGGGAUGCGUUUUGUACCAGGAGGUAGUUGUGGUGACUUAGAAAGAGCAUUGCAUAGGGUCUCCCUGCCUUGGUUUCCUCAUCUGUAAAAUGGGAGUAAUAAGACCUGAACUCCUCCACUCAAGCCCUACUCUAAAGUUUCUUUGUGAUGGGUGGUGACCUUGGGUCCCCAAGCUGAAGAAAGUGGAAAAGCUCCAAGUUAUUUAGUCAAUAAGUAUUUUAUUAAGCACUUAUGUGUGGAGACAAUACACUAAGCUCUGUGGAUAAAAAGAAAAGCAACAAACGUGGUUCCUUGCCUUUGAGGAGCUCACGUUGUAAUGGGGGAGUGGACAUGCCAACAACUAUGGCCAUACAAGAUUUAUACUGCAAAUAGAAAGUAAUCUCUGAGGGGAAAGGUCUGAGAUAGAAGGUGGAAUUUGAACUGACUCCUAAGAGAAACCAAGGAAUCCAUGAGGAGGAAGAGAGGAGGGAGAGCACUCCAGAUAUGGAAGGCAGAGGGUGAAACCUGGGGAGAUGGAGGCGCGAGUCAUGUUCAAGAAACAGCGAGAAUUCCUGCAUCAUAGAGUGCCUUGAGCCGGGGAAUAAGCUGGAAAAGGACCUGGAAGAAAAUCUCUCCCUCGCUGCCGAAGAAUUAACAGGAUGCUUUCCAAUGAGUCCCUCCACCCUCCCCCAUUCAGCCGGUCCAACUCACAAGCCUCCGUAGAUAGUACUUCAAUGGAGGAUUUCUGGUGUGAAGUUGAAAGUAUUAAAGAAAAUAGCGAGGGUGGACAGGAAGAACAGACGGUGGCUGAGGUCAAGCCCGCUGACGAAGGAGAACUUGAAGCUGAGUGGUUGCAAGAUGUGGGUUUAUCAACACUAAUCUCAGGAGCUGAAGAGGAAGAUGGGCAAGCCUUGCUUUCCACCUUGACUCGAACCCAGGCAGCUGCAGUUCAAAAAAGAUACAACACCUAUACUCAAACCAUGAGAAAAAAGAACAAGCACUCAGUCAGGGAUGUCCGAGACAUCUUUGGAGUUGCUGAGUCUCCGCCUCCAUUUGAGCCUGUUCCAGUGUCCCUUGUUCCUGCAAAUGGUGUACAGGUGUCGGGGAAAAAGCCAGUUUGGAAAGCAGUUAAUUCCAACAGUUGUCUUGACUGUGGAUUAGACAAAGACACUCCAUCAGUAGCAGAAGAGUUGUCCUUUGAGGUUUCUUUUUCAGAGUCCAUCACAGAAAUUCCCAAAGAAAAAGAAGGUCUUAAAACACAAAGGUUUAAAAAAGAAGAUUCUUCCUUAACUAAGUUCAUUGUUCGAAAAAGCAGAUUUGGAUUAACUGAAGUAGGAGAUCUGUCUGUUGAAGACAUGAAGAAGAUUCGCUAUCUCUCUCUCAUCGAACUGACAGCCUUUUAUGACGCUCUGGGGAUUGAACUGAAGAGGGACCGAACAGACAAAGUGAAAGGAAGAGAAAAUGGACUUUUUGGUGUUCCACUUACUGUCCUGUUGGAAAACGAUCAAAAGAAAUUUCCUGGGAUUAAAGUUCCUCUUAUCUUCCAAAAACUUUUGCAGAAACUUGAAGAAACAGGUUUAGAAACAGAAGGAAUUCUUCGAGUCCCAGGAUCUGCAUCCAGAGUCAAGAACCUCCGGCAAGAACUUGAAAGCAAAUUUUAUGAAGAUACAUUUGAUUGGGACCAAGUCCGAAACAAUGAUGCAGCAGGACUGCUAAAGAUGUUUAUCAGAGACCUCCCCAGCCCUCUCUUUACUGUGGAAUAUCUGCCAGCCUUCAUUGCCCUAGUAGAAAGAAUCUCCAAGAUCAAAUUGCAAUUGCAAGCUUUGCAUCUUUUGAUCAUGCUUCUGCCUGAUGCCAAUAGAGAUACUGCCAAGGCGUUCCUGAUAUUUCUCAAGAAAGUGGUUGCUAAUGAAGGGAAAAACAAAAUGAGUUUGUGGAAUGUUUCUAUGAUCGUUGCACCAAAUCUCUUCAUCUAUAAAGGCAAACGCUCCAAUCAAGAAGAGAUGCAGGCAGCCGCUACCACUGCACACAUUGUCCGGCUUUUGAUUAGGUACCAGGAUAUUUUGUGGACGGUCCCAUCAUUCCUGAUCACUCAAGUAAGGAAAAUGAAUGACGCAGCAAUAAAUAACACAAAGAAGCAAUUGAUAUUUGACAAAAGCAUGAAAAAACUUCUCAGAAGGAAAACUCUGGAACGAGAAAGACCUGAAAAAAUAGAGGCUACCAGCCCUAGGACUUCAAAGACUCUACCAACAUCACCAUCUUCAAGAAGGAAGUCUGAUAUCCCUGAAGGAGUCAUUAGAGUACAUGCACCGCUUCAUUCCAAGGUGUCCAUGGCCAUUCAACUUAAUGGGCAGACCAAAGCCAAAGAUAUCCUGGCUCGAUUUCAGUGUGAAAACAGCCGUGAUUCACCAGGAAGCCUUAAGACUCAGAAUCAAAGCUUAUAUGAAAUUGGAGGCAAUAUAGGGCAGCACUGUUUAGAUCCUGAUGCCUACAUGUUAGAUGUGUAUCACGCGAAUCCUCAAGCAGAGUGGGUGAUGAAACCAAAGACAAGUUGAAACUUCAGGAAAAACCCUGUUUCUGAGGGAAGGGACUCCACUUGUAUUUUCUAAGACAAGAAAGUUCAGCAGAUAGUGGAAAAGCAAGUGGCUGCUUUUGCCUCUCUCUGUCCUUCCCAGCCCUCUUGGUCUCAAGAUGCUUCUUCAAGGCAGAGGGUAUCGACGUUUUCAUUGGUGACCAACCUGUGAACCCCUAAGAUAACCGCCAGUUGUAACCAUCUAAGCAGUUUUCUUAUACCAGUUACUUGACUACAAAGGAAGGAUGAUGGUACUUUUGAUGAGAGGCCCAUCUGGACAGUGGAAAAUAUCAUCCUCUCCAGGAUUUUGACUUGAUAACCAAAAUAAACUGUGUCCUCUACUCGGAUGCCCGUCUUACUCCAUCUUAUAGCCUACUCAACGUAGUAAACACUACCAAAUAUUAGAGACCUUGCUGGGGUGAGAUUGUGCUAGUAUUCCAAAGCAAGAUUCUCUCCCACCUUUUUAUAUAUAUAUAAAAUAAUAACACAGGGCUGCUUUUCUGAAAAAGAAUGAUGGAAAUGCCCAGGGUAGUUUUGCUGCAUAAAUGCAAUUCUUCUAUCCAAACGAAACUUGUUCUGAAAGGAAAAUGUACAAUAUUUAUGCUUCUGACUCACUCCUCAUUACUUGGUUAUUUUGAGGAGAAAGAUCUGCUGUUUAAAGCCACUUGUACUGUUUAUCUGUGUUGUACUGUAUUGUCAUUCUCUUCAUUCUGAUACCUACGUGUAUUUCUGUGUGUGUGAUCAUCUUCAAAUUGCAGUUUUUUUUAAGUUUUUCAUCUUACAUUAUGAGUGUAGUCUAUGAGCAAAGCGUCGUCAGACCGAGGCUCUGUUUGUUCUUUCGUUUCUCUCUUCUUUGCAAACAGCACCGGAUUCUGUUCCCUAAUCAUCAUUUAUAUCUGCUGAUGAAUGACUUUCUGUGUGCCAGUCACUGAGUUUCUCUUUCCCCCCAAACAUUUCUUCCUCUCUGUUUUAUGACCGUGCUUAAUUCUGUAGCCACGGUUUUGAAGAGACUACUGCUUUUAUCCAGGCCUGGAAAAUACAGCUGCCUCUGGUUCUUAGGAGAUACGGAGGCCGCUUCCCCCUCUGAUCAUUAAUCACAGGCAGGGUCAAACAGUACUGUUAGCAUUAGGCUGUACAAAUCUUUGUGUGGGGGGGUAAGUUGAAUAGUAUAUAUUUUCCAAAUCUGGAAUCUGUCAAAUCCGUUAUUCCCCAACCACCCUCACUUAGUAAAGAAAAAAAAUGCAGCGUGUUAAGGAAUCCUAUAGUAUUGACUUCUCUUCAGAUGAUAAAGACAGAGUCCCUUCUAGGAUCAAUUAGGGAUGACUGUAGUUUCAUAAUCGUGACAAGCUAUCUGGGGAUGGUUUCUGGUUUGAUGUUGGCCCAUUUGCCCCUUUCCCGUAAACAAAUGGUGUCAUCUUUUAACCUUUGACUUGGAAUCAAUAGAUAAUGGAUCUAUGGGUUUAUUUUGGAGCUAAGAAGACUAAACCCUAGACCUAAAUGUCUCCUGUUGUGCCUGAAACUCUGGUAAAAGUUUUACAUUUGUUAUAUCAUUUCCUCCUUUUCAGUCUCAGGAUCUAAUGCAUUCAUAAUAUCUACCCACAUUUGUAAUAAACUUCAAAAUAUACCUGUGUCUUAAAAAAAAAAAAGAAUAAUUUGUUUUCCCUGUGUAAGUAACUGCAUUUCCUGAUGGAAAAAUAGUUAGCUUUUUUUUGGGGGGGGGUAUGAAAAGGAAUGUUACUUUGAAUUAAAAUGUCCCCAAACCAAAUUCCAAACAUGUUAGACAUCAGAACUAGGAAGCAUCCUAUGGUUUUCAUACAUUUUUCUUUUCCAAAUUAUCAUCUAUUUACUGUUAAAUAUAGUAGAUUGGAGGUGGAAGAUAAUGUUUCUGUACUCAUCCACUUUUGUGAGAUUUUGAAAUCCAAAGACCUAUCUGAGUUAAUUAUUUAGUUUACUUCACUGUUUAAGGAAAAUAUUGGUUACCAAAGAUUUCUAGCAUCCGAGGGAAAGGGCAAAAGCCUUCCUUCUAAAUACUCUUCUAAGCCUUACUGCACUGGAUUUGAAUGGAUUUUUGUAGUGCCUAUGAAAGGAAGUAAGACAUAGUGAGUAGAGAGCUACAUUGAAAGUCCAUUAGACCCGGGUUUAAGUACCACCUGCCUCUCACUCAUUGUGUGACCUUGGGCCAGUCAUCUAAACCUCUUAGUGCUAAUCUUGGCAACUGAAACUACAUAAAUUUUCCAGAAGGUGCUGACUUGUAAUUAGUAGUUUCAUCAUUAUACCAAUAAAAUCACAGGUUCAGGCCCUAUUUUUUGUUUAUUCAUUAGUCCUCGGAAAGAAGUAAUUUGCUCAUUGGAUUCUUGCUGACUAAAUAUUCAUCCUUAAGAACAGAAAUGGCCUUGUUCAUAGGUCAGUUUUAGAACAACAGCUAGAUCGAGGGUCCUUACUUUUGAUUCCUCCUUUAUUUUAGGUGUACUGUCUUAUUUGCCACAUACUUUGACAGGGUAGGUGGGUUACCGAGUGGCUAGAGCACUGGACCUGGAGUCAGGAAGCUCUGAGUUCAAAUCCGACCUCAAAUACUUACUAGCACUGUGACCCUGAGCAAGUCACUUAUCCUAGUUUACCUCGAUUUCCUCAUCUGUAAAAUGAGUUGGACAAGAAAAUGGCAAAUCCUUCCAGCAUCUUUGCCAAGAAAACCCCAAAUGGGGUCAACGAGAGUCGGACAUGACUGAACAACAAAAAUAGUUUGACAACCAAGUGGCAAAGCAGCAACAGUUUACCUGCUAACAGGAAAUAACAUCAGCUAAGAGGGAAGUAUGUUUCUCUGACUUAGCCUGAAUUUCCCAUCUCCAUUCCCUAGCAUGCCCAUUGUCUAGGCUUUGGGGGAACUGCUAGAUAACGUGCAGUGAAAUGUUAAAAGAGAACUUGCACCAGAGACUCCAUAGCUGCCUUAAGGGUUUUUUCUUUCUCAUUCUGCAAAAAAAUGUAUAAAUAAAUAGUUUUUUUUUUAAUGAAGGCUUAUUUUACACGCCAAUACACUUUAUUUGGCAUAAUGGUUCUAGGAAUCAAUGACCUUUGAAGCAUACUGGAACCACUCAUAGUCAUUACAAUGUACAUACAAAAUAAACUACCUCACUUGCCUUUCUCAGACAAAAAGCAUGGUGGAUUAUAAUAGCUUUUGCUACGAAGUGUCCCUGAGUCUUAUUAUUUAAUGUCAACCUCGUUUUGCUUUUGAUAUUCCUAGUUUAAUGAUGCACAAGAAAUGAGCAAAUGCUCCAAAUACCAAAAUAAAAUAUUCUGUGAAUGUCAUGCUCUAAAAGAGUCGGUGCCGAAGACAUAUUCUCUCUGUCAUUAAUCAUUUGUUUCUUGCCAUGUUCAGACAACUGGGAGUGAAUCCCAGGAGUUCAAAUAAGGGAUUAAGAAAAAAAAUAGUUUAUCUUUUCUUCCAGGCAUUUUUCAACUCUUUUCCCCAAUGUCUUACUGGGUUGGAAAAUAGCAUCAUGCCAUUUGAUAAAGACAAGCAUUUGUGUAUUUCUGACCUAGAGAAAAGGGAAAUAUCGAUUGUUUGUUACAUUAAUUUUCAUUGUAGUUAUAAUAGCAUAUUUGUAAAGUAGAAUGUGUACAUUGUAUUUUAACCAUGAAAAUAAAAAUACAAAACCCCAAA